CCCGGGCAGCUCCUGGCCCGCGCGCUGCUGGAGCGCCGCUUCCUGCCGCCGGGGGUGCGGCGCCAGCCGGUGCGCGCGGGCCGGGUGCGCGCCACGCUCUUCCUGCCGCCAGGUUUUAGGUGAAAUAGAAGCUUUCUAUAUAAAUGGUAAAAAUAUCCAGCAAAUGGAAUCGUACAGAAUGAAUCGAGCCCGCCCCGGGCCCUUUCCUGGCAUUAUGGACAUAUUUGGAGUUGGAGGUGGCCUGCUGGAGUAUCGAGCCAGCCUGCUGGCUGGGAAGGGCUUUGCUGUCAUGGCUCUGGCUUAUUACAACUAUGAUGACCUCCCCAAGAGCAUGGAUACCCUCCACCUGGAGUACUUUGAAGAGGCGGUGAACUACCUGAUCAGCCGCCCCGAGGUAAAAGGUCCAGGGAUUGGGCUGCUUGGACAUUCCAAAGGGGGUGAACUUUGCCUCACCAUGACCUCCUUCCUGAAGGGCAUCACAGCUGCCGUCAUAAUCAACGGUUCCAUAGCUAAUGUUGGGGGGACCUUACGCUACAAGGACAUGACCCUGCCCCCUAUAGGUGCCAACAGAAGUCGAAUCAAGAUGACCAAAGAAGGCUUUGCAGACAUUGUGGACGCCCUGAACAGCCCUUUGGAAGGGCCUGACCAGAAGAGCCUAAUUCCUGUGGAGAGGUCUGAGUGCACCUUCCUGUUCCUCGUGGGUCAGGAUGACCACAACUGGAAGAGUGAGUUCUAUGCCAAUGAGGCCUCUAAACGCCUCCAGGCCCAGGGGAAGGCAAAGCCCCAGAUCAUCUGCUACCCAGAGGCAGGGCACUACAUCGAGCCCCCGUACUUCCCCCUGUGCCGGGCUUCCCUGCACGCCUUGGUGGGCGGUCCUGUGUUCUGGGGAGGGGAGCCCAGGGCUCAUGCUGCGGCCCAGGUGGAUGCUUGGCAGCAACUCCAGACUUUCUUCCACAAGCACUUGGGUGGUGAGAGUUAGAGGGGCUCUCUGGAAAAUAUAGUCCAUCCAAUUUGAAGGGUAAAAUUUAAAUAUAUUCUAAUUACAUCAGUCUGGUUUGUUCAGAUUAGACUGAAUGUAUUACUAUAACUCAGGUUUUCAUUCACUUUUUUUCUAUAAUAUUACUGCCAAAAACAGUUUCUAUACAACAGUGGUAUUUUGAGUGAAAAACAGUCAUACGUAUAGGGGCCAGUCUUGUGGCAUAGUGGCAUAGCGGUGGGGCUGCCUGUGGUGCCAGCAUCCCAUAUGGGCACUGGUUUGUGUCCCAGUUGCUUCACUUCUGAUCCAGCUCUCUGCUAAUGGCCUGGGAAGAGUGGUAGAGAAUGGCCCAAAUGUUUGGACUCCUGCCAUCCAUAUGUGAGACCUGGGGGAACCUCCUGGCUCCUGAUUUUGACCUGACCCAGCCCUGGCUAUCUCAUCCAUCUGGAGGGUGAACCAGGGGAAGAAAGAUCUCUCUCUCUGUAACUCUUUCAAAUAAAUAAAUAUAUUUUUUAAAAAGAGUCAUAAGUAUAGAUACUUUUGUUAAAUUAAAAAUUGGAAUGGGGCUGGCCUUGUGGUGCAGUGGGUUAAGCUGCCAGCUGCCAUGCUGGCAUCCCAUAAGGGGGUCAGUUCAAGUCCUGGCUGCUCCACUUCAGAUCCAGCUCUCUGCUAAUGCUCCUCGGAAGGCAGUAGAAGAUGGCCCAAGUGCUUGAGUCCCUGCUCUCACAUGAGAGACCUGGAUGAAGCUCUUGGCUCCUGGCUUGUGCCUGGCCCAGCCCCAGCUUUUGUGGCCAUUUGGGGAGUGAACCAGCAGAUGGAAUAUUCUCUCUCUGUAACUCUGUCUUUCAAAUAUAUAUAUAUUUAUAUAUAUAUAUAAAAUGUAUAUAUAUAUAUUUAGAAAUUGGAACAUUACAGAUUAAGCUGCUAUCUCAUUCAGUGCUUGUACCAUUGUCACUACCAUCCUUAUGUAUAUACAGGUUUAUUAUAAAAGAUACUGUUUCGGGCCCAGUGCUUUGGCAUAGUGGGUAAAGCCACUGCCUGCAGUGCCAGCAUCCCAUGUGGGUGCCAGUUCAAGUCCCAGCUGCUCCACUUCUGAUCCAGCUCUCUGCUAUGGCCUAGGAAAACCAUAGAAGAUGGCCCAUAUGGAGACCCUGCAUCCUGCACCCAUGUGGAGACCCAGAAGAAGCUCUUGGCUCCUGGCUUUGGAUCAGCACAGACCUCUCUGUCUCUCUCUGCCUCUGCCUCUCUGUAAUUCUACUUUUCAAAUAAAUAAAUCAAUAUUUUUAAAAAAUUUAUUUUAUUUAUUUGAAAGGCAGAGUUACAGAGAGAGGUAGAGACAUAGAGAGAGACAGAGAGAGGCAGAGAGAGAGAGAGGUCUUCCAUCUGCUGGUUCACUCCCCAAAUGGCUGCAAUGGCUGGAGCUGAGCUGAUCUAAAGCUGGGAGUCAGGAGCUUCUUCCAGUUCUCCCACAUGUGUGCAGAGGCCCAAGGGCUUGGGCCAUCCUCCGCUGCUUUUCCAGACACAUUAGUGGGGAGCUGGAUUGGAAGUGGAGCAGCUCGGACUCGAACCAGGUCCCGUAUGGGAUGCCAGUGCCGUAGGCUGGACUUUAACGUGCUUCGCCACAGCUCUGGCCCCAAUAAAUAAAUCUUAAAAAAAAAAAAAAAGAUACUGUGUCUGUUUUUCUUUCUUUUUCACAUCCUACUCAUAAACCUACAAACCUGGUCACCCCCAGACCCUCCCUUCUUUCCCUGGCCCUCCAGAUCCCCAGAAAAUAAUUUUUGGUAUGUAUUUUUUCAGAUGUUACAUUUUACCAUGUAUAUAUGUAGCAACAAAAAUGUUUUGUGUUGUAUAAGUAUUUUAAUAAGAAAAUUGAUUUUAUAAAGCAAAUAAUGGGGAAAGAGCAACUGUUACCUGAAACACACCAGAAUCACAUGGGAUUAGUUCAGGAAAGAAAAGAACAGUUGGGGAAGAAAUAAUACUUCUGGGACAUCCAUUUGUGCUAGUCACUAAUCCUCACAACCAUUUUGUGAGGCAAGUAAAAGAAAGUGCAAGAAAAAGCUGUUGGGGCUGGUGUUAUGGGCAUAGUGGGUAAUGCCGCCACCUGCAGUGCCAGCAUCCCAUUAGGGCACCGGUUUGAGUGCUGGCUGCUCCACUUCUGAUCCAGCUCCCUACUAAUGUGCCUGGGAAAGCCGUGGAAGAUGGCUCAAGUGCCUGGGCCCCUACACCCACAAAGGAGACCUGUUGAGGAUCCUGGCUCCUGGCUUUGGUUUGGCCCAGCCCUAGCAGUUGUGACUAUUUUGGGGGUGAACCAGCAGAAAGAUUAUUUCUCUCUCUCUCUCCCUCUCUCUCUCUCACUUCUUCAUUUCUGAAACUCUGCCUAUCGAUUACAUGAAAUAAAUUAAAAAGAGAAGCUCUUGCCCACAUAUUAUAAGGCAAAAGUCACCUGUGAGAGUUAGUGAUUGCUAUUCAAAGUUGUGGGGAAAGAGGGAUUUCUUGGACUCUUUCCUUACUAGGUUUAUGAUUGAGGCGCCUACCACAAAAGAUAGAUUAAUCUGAAAAAGCAUAGAAAUUUAUUAAAUACUAGUUUUACCUGUCAUGAGAGCCUUCAGAAAUAAAGACCCCCAAGAAUCAGGGAAUCCUGCGUAUUUUUACACUAGGUUGAUGGAGUAUUUAAGUUGCAGGGACACGUGUUGGAGGAAGGAACUAUGAGCUAGUUGUUACUAGCUGGGCGACUCAGGGAGGCCUGUUGGGAUCCCGCUCUGUGCUGCUGUGUGUCCUGUGAUAGGACGGCAGUGGGUCCUCCUCGAAUGAGGGUCUGAACAACCUGUCACGGCAGGGAGUGUGAAAGGUCAGAGAGUGUGACCUUCUGGAUUUUUGUGGCUGUUUCUGCUGCUCUCUCAAAUGCCAGCUUCACAGUCCAGAACCUGGGUUUCAUUGGAGCUAAUAAAGCAGGUUUCUCAGCUGGGGUCAGUUUGCUGGGGUUAGUCAGUCCAGUUAAACUGUUGUGACUUAUUUCAGGAGGCAGUGGGACAGUAGGCUUCCACCAAAGCUAGGCCUCUGUGUAGUGUUGAUGAUCGAAAGAACUACACACGGAGGUUUUGAGUCCAGAGGGAAGUCAGCUCAGAGGAUUUCUAGAUGCUGAGCUCUGGAAGCUCUAAACUCAGGUGGUGGAGGAGGCACAGGCACAAUCUGACAGAUUUUCCUAAGUAGGAGUUUGUAUCGAGUGCCCUGGGAAGGUUUCUGAGCAACCUACAUAGGCUUGCUUGCUUGCUUUCUCUCUCUCUCUCUCUCUUUCUUUCUUAUUUUUUGACAGGCAGAGUGCACAGUGAGAGAGAGAGACAGAGAGAAAGGUCUUCCUUUUGCCAUUGGUUCACCCUCCAAUGGCUGCCAUGGUUGGCGCAUUGGGCUGAUCUUAAGCCAGGAGCCAGGUACUUCUCCUGGUCUCCCAUGGGGUGCAGGGCCCAAGCACUUGGGCCAUCCUCCACUGCACUCCCUGGCCACAGCAGAGAGCUGGCCUGGAAGAGGGGCAACUGGGACAGAAUCCGGCGCCCCGACCGGGACUAGAACCCAGUGUGCCAGCGCCGCAGGCGGAAGAUUAGCCUAUUGAGCCACGGCACUGGCUCAUAGGGUUUCCACUCUGAGUUCUCAAGUGGUGAUUUUCUGAGGUCUGUGAAAGUUGUCCAGCUUCAGCUUUCGGGGCUUCAGGGAAAGAACAGAUUUUGUUCAUAGUGUUUCUAAGCCAGAAGGGUGGGAGAAAAAUUGGGAAUAUUAGUUUGACUAACGAGUUAAUAGCCAGAUACUAGAGGAAACCACAGUUCAGGACCCAGUCCAUUUUAGAGGUAAAUAACAAAACCUAGAAUCUGCUAUCCGUGAGGGUGUGCUGUAGUGGAGAGAUGGAGAACUCUCAUCCACUAGUUCGUGCCCAAAAUGCUCACAACGGCCCCAACUGAGGCUGAAGCUGGAGGCCGAGAGGUCUCCCACGUGGGUGGCAAGAACCCAGUUACUUGAGCCGAUUACCCACUGCCUCCCGGGGUCCACAUUAGGGAUCUGGAGCCAACAGCUGGAGCUGGGUAUCAAUCCCAGGGAUUCAAAUAUGGAAAACAGGCAUCCUAACUGGUAUUUCAACCACUGGGCUAAAUACCAGGCCCAUGUAUGGUAUUCAAGUUAUCAGAAACUUGUAUUCCAGAGUACUCAUCAGACUCUUUCGUGAAUCUCCUUGAAGAACAGCAGUUUUGGACUGUAGCUGAUUACAAAUGCUUUCAGGGAAGAAUCAAAGUAAAAUAGUAACUAUCUGACAAUGACAAAAACUUAAAAUGGCCAAGGUUAAAGACCUAAUGUAAAUUUGUUGUAAUAACCAUGAAGUUGACAGGAAAUGUGGUCAUUUCUGUGGCAUACAACAGUUUAAUAUAAUAACGGAAAUUAUGACUGGUAAUAUUAUAUCAGGACAUAGCAUAUUUCUAGGAAUUAAAUACAAUUUCUAGAACUGAAAGGAGCCAAGAGCCACCAUAAAAAAAUGGGGCUCCUGAGACAAACCGUUCCAGAGACGGCCUUGGGAAAUGGGGAGUAAACCGGUUCACAGAGAAAGCAGUCAGCUACUAACCAGAGAUACACAGAACACCUGCCUUGUAGAUAAGCCCCUUCCCUACGCUUGCUCAAGGUUAACAAAAAAAAAAAGCUGCAAGGCACGUAGCAACCUAUUCCUCUCUCCUAGAAACCCCCUCCCCUAAUGUAUCCCUUUGACCUAGUACUUUUCCACCGACAUUACCACUUUUAGACUGCCAUACAAGGCCCGCUACUGAAAAUUAUCCAAUGAACUUACGCCAGCCUAUAAUAUGUUAAUUUUGUGGUUUUGCCCUUUAAAAGCUGUGUGAGAUAGCUGCUCGGGGCUCCUCUCACUUGCUUGCUGCUUGCAGCAGUAGGGGGCCCAUUUGCGCAAAUGAAAUAAAAUUACCUCCUGCUCUA